AUGCAUCCAAAAGGACCGAAGAAGGAACAAGUUACGGACAAGAUGGACGAGAUUCUCUUAAUCAGACUUCGAAUCACCAGUGAAAAAAUUGGUGCUGAAUUGGAAACAAUACCCAGUACGGUUCGGUCAGAAAACAUAGGACAGGCUCAGGUCGUCUAUAACAGACUGCAAGCUGCAGUGAAUAGGCUCAACGCUAAUUUAUCAGAAUACUUUCGUUUAGCUACAACUCCUGCAUCAGAUGAAAUUUUCUUGAUUAGUGGCCAACAGCUUUUAGCGGAAGAGACUUUAGCAGAACUCAAAGCGAAGAUCGACCAAGAUAGACCCAGGGUCUCAACAGGAUUCAUCCCAAAUGUCAAGUUACGGGGCGUACCAGAGUCUUAUGUACUAGCGGAUGAUGGUUCUCUGAGCGGACAGGUGCAGAUUCUAAUCGGAAACGACUACUACUUUAACAUCAUUUAUGAAACUAAGAUACAACUAGAUAGUAACUUGUUUCUAGUGGAUUCUGCCCUUGGAUGGAUAGUCAGUGGCAAGACGGAACCACAGCUUGAAGAGGAAUCAUAUGUAGUGACUUAUGCUCAGACUUGUAUUGAAAUGAAGCUUCAUCAACCAGAUUCACCUCUUUGUGAGGGAGACAUUAAAAACCUUUGGGAAUUGGAAUGUAUAGGAAUUUGUGAUUCACCUAAAGCAACAAGAGAAGAAGAAGCUAUUAAAAAUUUUAAUGAAACUACAGUAAAAAUUAACAAUAGAUACACGGUAAGCUGGCCAUGGAUAACUUAUCCGCCUGACUUACCUAAUAACUUUGGAAUCGACUUUGGGCGUCUGUCAAGUUUAUUGAAGCGUAUGGAUCAAGAAACCUUAAUGUCAUACGACGAUACGUUUAAACAACAGAAAAUAGUAAGACAAGUCUUAUGGACCGAUAGUCAGAUUGUCAUCGAAUGGUGUAAGUCUAACAAGCUACUUCCUCCCUUCGUUGCCAGACGAGUAGAAGAAAUCAAGACAAACAAAGACCUGGAGAUAAGAUAUGUACCAUCAAGCUUGAACCCAACAGAUGUAGGCACAAGACCCCUUCGUGCAGAGGAGGAUAAGGAGAAAUGGCUGAAUGGUCCGCAGUUUAUAACAGAAGAUCCACAGAAAUGGCCAACCACAUCCGGCAGUGAGCCAACCAGUUCUCUUCUGACAGGGGAGGGUCUUGGGUUCCAAGAAGACAUAGAGAUGGUCGAUAAAGAAGAUCCAGUUGUUAAUGUCAAUCCGAUGGAAACGGAGGAAAUCAUAACAGCAAAUGAGAUGAUAGGAAAUAACCAGUCAACAGAUGACAAGCUUCAUAAAUUAAAAGAAAUUCAAGCUAAAUAUUUUCCUCUAGAAGUAGAAGGAAAAGAAACCAAUCUAAGUCGAAACUUAGGAGUAUCAAAGGACAUUGAUGACUUAUUGAGAUGCAAAGGUCGUAUGAAAAACGCAAACUGGUCAUUCGACAAACGAUACCCUAUACUCAUACCAAAAGAGUCAGAUUUCACCAAGGAAAUAAUAAUGAAAACUCAUCAAGAGAACAAACAUGUAGGUGUCAGCCACACGCUUGAUAAAAUAAGAGAAACGUAUUGGAUUCCUCAAGGAAGAAGUAAAGUCCAACGGAUAUUAAAGGGAUGCCCUGAAUGUAUGAAACAUGAUGGAGGGCCUUAUAGACUACCAGAAACCCCUGCUCUUCCUAAAGAGAGAGUCAAUUACAGCUCUCCUUUUACGUACGUUGGAACAGACUACCUGGGACCACUUCUAGUUAACAACGGGAAUGGCAGUUGUAAAAGAUGGAUUAGCCUUUAUACAUGUUUAGCGGUAAGAGCCAUUCACCUAGAAGUGGUAAAGGAUCUAACAGCGGAAGAAGGUCUUCUGGCCUUAAAAAGGAUGAUAUCAGCGAGAGGCGUGCCUACCUUAAUUACAUCUGACAAUGCAGCCCAUUACAAGUUACUUUCUGAAAUUCUUCAAGACCCAUAUUGCAUAGAAAAAGAAAUUAAAUGGAAAUUCAUACCGCAACUAGCCCCAUGGCAUGGAGGAUUUUACGAAAGGUUGAUUGGCUUAACCAAGAAUUGUAUGAAGAAAACCUUACAAAAACACUUAUUGAAUGACAGCCAGCUGGCAACAACAGUUAAGGAAAUAGAAGCAGUACUUAACACAAGACCUUUAACCUACGUGGAUUCAGAACCUGACCACGUAUUAAAACCCUCAGACUUUCUUACCAUGGGAAAAUGUAUCGUAAUGGAAACGUCGAGCAUGGAUCCUAGUACGUCACACGGGACAGUAACCAAAGACAAUCUAAUUAAAGGUUGGAAGAAAGCGCUCAUCAUUCUACGAGAAAUCAAAGAGAUGUUUGAGAAUAGGUAUCUCCUAAAUUUGAGAGAAAGAUACUCCCAUCAUCCUAAGGAGCCUAGAGUGACUUCAAAAUUAACGCCAAAAAUAGGACAGAUAGUGCAAAUAAAAGGCGACACGAAGAAUAGGAUCAAUUGGAAAGUUGGGAAAAUAGUAUCUUUAAAGGAAGGCGCCGAUGGUUUAUGUAGAGUAGCCACGGUCCAAGUAGGAGAUACAAUAUAUACAAGAUCUAUCGCGCAUCUCUACCCGUUAGAGAUCGAAGAUGGAGAGGAACAGUGUAAACAAACGUCACACGAAGAAAGCGUAGAAGAAUCUGUACAGGUUCCUGAUGUCCCACAUCCUACAAGAAGGGACGACGUGAUGAAAGAAUCCACUAACGACGUUCUCAAGACUUCUGAGCAGAAAUCUUAUCAAUUAACAAAAUUAAACGAGUCAGAAGAAAUACCGUCUGAUUCAGCCUUAUUAGAGCCUGCAUCUAGUCAGUUACACGAGCCUGAGCCUAAGUCCAUACCCGAACCAGACCCACUCGCAGUCAGACAUGACGUUCUGCGAGAACACUGA